UAGAUCAGGCCUCAGGGUCCUAAAGUGUCUGUGCUCGUCAGCUGGCUUUCUACAGACAGUUCUGUGAGACAAACCAGAGAUGGCGGGCGAUUCAAUCCUUCUGGCUGCAGUCUCCCUUCUCUCUGCCUGUCAGCAAAUGUAUUUCACUUUGAGUGUUGGACGAGCGAGAUUAAAAUACAAGAUUGCACCCCCGGCAGUCACAGGGUCCCUGGACUUUGAGAGAAUAUUUCGUGCUCAACAAAACUCUUUGGAGUUUUAUUCUGUAUUCCUCAUAACACUGUGGAUGGCUGGAUGGUAUUUCAAUCAAGUUUUGGCGACCUGUCUGGGUCUCGUGUACAUAUACGCCCGUCACAAGUACUUCUGGGGCUAUGCAGAAGCUGCUGACAGACGGAUCACUGGUUUCAGGCUGAGCGCGGGGACUUUGACCUUGCUGGCCGCUCUAGCUGUCCUAGGGAUAGGAAGCCGAUUCCUGGAUGAGUACCUGGACCUCCAUGUUGUCAAGAAACUGAGGCAUCGCUUCUGAGGUUUCCUCUUCCCCCCCAUGCCUAUUGAGGCUGUCACCACU